GGCAGUGGGAGUGCAUCGCUAAGAACAAGGAGUGGCGCUGCCGGGACGCGCUGUGCUGAGUCAAGCAUAGCAUCUCACUUGUAGUUGCUUGCUUUUAUAUUCCACAUUAUUCUCAAACCGCACGGUAUCUCUUGUCUCACAGUGUACCCGGAAUUUUCAGACACUAAAAGGGAACAAUGGCGAAAACUGAAGUGAAAACCUCCCUCCUGGACAAUAUGGUAGGAGUGGGGGACAUGGUGCUUUUGGAACCCCUCAGUGAAGAUGCAUUUUUAGAAAACCUCAAGAAGCGAUUUGACCACAACGAGAUUUAUACCUAUAUUGGGAGUGUGGUUGUGUCAAUAAAUCCUUAUCGAUCAUUGCCUAUUUAUACCCCUGAGAAAGUGGAGGAGUACAGGAACAGAAACUUCUACGAACUCAGUCCUCACAUUUACGCACUUGCAGAUGAAGCUUACAGAUCCCUGCGUGACCAAGAUAAAGACCAAUGCAUCCUUAUUACAGGAGAAAGUGGUGCUGGAAAAACAGAGGCUAGCAAACUGGUUAUGUCCUAUGUAGCAGCAGUCUGUGGAAAAGGAAUUGAGGUGAAUCAAGUGAAGGAGCAGCUGCUGCAAUCAAACCCAGUGCUGGAGGCUUUUGGAAAUGCCAAAACCGUGAGGAAUGAUAACUCAUCCAGAUUUGGAAAAUAUAUGGACAUUGAAUUUGACUUCAAAGGAGACCCUCUUGGUGGAGUUAUAAGUAACUAUCUUUUGGAAAAGUCACGUGUGGUGAGACAACCAAGAGGAGAAAGAAAUUUCCACAUUUUUUAUCAGCUGUUGUCGGGAGCAACUGAAGACCUGCUUCGUCAACUCAAGCUUGAGAAAGAUUUCAGCAAAUACAACUACCUAAGUUUGGACUGUGCACAAGUAAAUGGAGUUGAUGAUGCUGCCAAUUUCCGAACUGUUAGGAAUGCUAUGCAGAUUGUUGGUUUCAUGGAUGAUGAAAGUCAGUCUGUACUGGAAGCUGUGGCAGCAGUUCUUAAGCUUGGAAACCUUGAAUUCAAGCCAGAAGUGCGAGGGAAUGGUGUAGACGAAAGCAAAAUUAAAGACAAGAAUGAACUGAAGGAAAUAUGUGAACUGAUAGGCCUUGAUCAGUCUGUCCUUGAAAGGGCUUUCAGCUUCCGAACUGUCGAAGCAAAGCAGGAAAAAGUUUCAACAACAUUAAAUGUGGCACAGGCUUAUUAUGCUCGUGAUGCUCUGGCAAAGAACUUGUAUAGCAGACUGUUUUCAUGGCUUGUGUACCGAAUCAAUGAGAGCAUUAAGGCACAAAUAAAAGUGAGGAAGAAGGUAAUGGGUGUCUUGGACAUUUAUGGUUUUGAAAUCUUUGAGGACAACAGCUUUGAACAGUUUAUCAUCAAUUACUGCAAUGAAAAGCUACAGCAAAUUUUCAUUGAACUCACACUGAAAGAAGAACAGGAGGAAUACAUCAGAGAGGGUAUAGAAUGGACUCACAUUGAGUAUUUCAACAAUGCUGUCAUUUGUGACUUGAUAGAAAAUAAUACGUAUGGAAUACUAGCCAUGCUUGAUGAAGAAUGUCUGAGACCAGGAACUGUUACGGAUGAAACUUUUCUUGAAAAGUUGAAUCAAGUGUGUGCAACUCACCAGCACUUUGAAAGCAGGAUGAGUAAAAGUUCACGUUUCCUUAACGAUACCACUCUGCCUCACAACUGCUUCCGCAUUCAGCAUUAUGCUGGCAAGGUAAUGUACUGUGUAGAAGGAUUUGUGGACAAGAACAAUGAUCUGCUGUACCGUGACCUCUCCCAGGCCAUGUGGAAAGCCAAUAAUAGCCUUAUCAAGUCAAUCUUCCCAGAAGGAAAUCCAGCUAAAAUUAACCUGAAGAGGCCGCCUACUGCAGGAUCACAGUUCAAGUCAUCUGUUGCUACUCUCAUGAGAAAUCUUCAAACUAAAAACCCUAACUACAUUAGAUGCAUAAAACCAAAUGACAAAAAAGCUGGACACAUAUUUACAGAAGCCCUAGUUCGUCAUCAAAUUCGAUACUUGGGUCUGCUUGAAAAUGUCCGUGUUAGGAGAGCAGGCUAUGCCUUCAGGCAGUUGUAUGAACCCUGCCUAGAAAGAUACAAAAUGCUGUGUAAGCAGACUUGGCCUCACUGGAGAGGACAGGCAAGACCUGGUGUGGAAGUCUUGCUCAAUGAACUUGGAAUUCCCAAGGAGGAAUAUUCUUAUGGAAGAUCAAAAAUAUUUAUUCGCAACCCAAGAACACUGUUUAAAUUAGAAGACUUGAGGAAGCAGCGCCUUGAGGACCUAGCCACAUUAAUCCAGAAGAUCUACAGAGGAUGGAAGUGCCGCACACAAUUCCUGUUAAUGAAGAAGAGCCAGAUUGUGAUAUCAGCUUGGUUUAGGAGAUAUGCGCAACAAAAGAAAUAUCAGAAGACAAAGAGUUCUGCUAUUGUGGUGCAGUCCUACAUCAGAGGAUGGAAGGCACGGAAAACACUUCGGGAGCUUAAGCACCAGAAACGCUGUGAGGAAGCAGUCACUACUAUUGCAGCUUUCUGGCAUGGUACACAGGCGCGAAGGGAGCUGAGAAGACUGAAGGAAGAGGCUAAAGCUAAACAUGCUAUUGCUGUUAUUUGGGCUUACUGGCUUGGACUGAAGGCUCGAAGGGAAUUGAAACGACUGAAGGAGGAGGCCAGGUGUAAGCAUGCAGUGGCAGUCAUUUGGGCUUACUGGCUUGGACUAAAGGUUCGCAGGGAAUACAGAAAAUUCUUCCGUGCCAAUGCUGGGAAGAAAAUCUCCACCUUUAUUGUCCAGAGGAUUAUGCAGAAAUACUUCUUGGACAUGAAAAAGAAGUUACCUUCCAUGUCACCAACUGACCGGAGCUGGCCUCCAAGGUCUUACCUAUUCCUGGAUGAUACCCACAAGGAGUUGAGAAGAAUAUUCCAUUUGUGGAGGUGCAAGAAAUACAGGGACCAAUUUACAGAACAGAAGAAAUUAAUUUAUGAAGAGAAACUGGAGGCCAGUGAGCUAUUUAAGGACAAGAAGUCUUCAUAUCCAUCAAGUGUUGGUCAGAGAUUUGAUGGAGACUACAUGGAAAUUCAUACGAAUCCUAAAUUUCAGAAACUGAGUGGAUCUAUAGAAGAGAAAAUUAUUGUUGCAGAUCUUGUAAAUAAGAUUAACAGAGCAAAUGGAAAGGGUGCAGUAAGGAUUUUCUUGUUGACCAAAAAUAACUUUAUUGUUGCUGAUGCAAAAUCUGGACAGAAGAAGGCAGUUGUACUUCUCAAUGACAUUGAAAAGGUUUCAAUGAGUUCACAGAAGGAUGGUUUCUUUGCAGUGCACCUUAAAGAGGGCUCAGCAGCAGGAUCUAAGGGAGAUUUCUUGUUCAGUAGUGAUCGUCUCAUUGAAGUUGCUACAAAACUGUACCGCACUGCACAAAGUUCAACUUCACAGAAAAUUAAUAUAGAGAUUUCUGAUGAGUUUGUGGUGCUGUUUAAGCAAGACAAAGUCUGUGUGAAGUUUAUUCAGGGGAACCAAAAAAAUGGCAACAUUCCAACUUGCAAGAGAAAAAACAACCGUCUUCUCGAGGUUGCAGUGCCCUAAGAGACAUUUUGGUUGUUCUCCUACAGACUUCAUGCCGUGUAACUGUGCAAUUUUAAAAGACUUUCUAUAAUUACUUCUCAGUUUUUCACAAGAUGACUAUGGAGGAAGAUUGAGUCUUAAUUCGUUAGCCAAGUUUUGCACCAAAAAUGCAAAACGAUGUAUCAUGCAAUUUCUUCGGAAGAUAUCAGCUUAACCUUUAUUUAAGGCUUGACAUAACUUGGGAUUCGUGCUUGACUAAAAAGAAGAAAAAAUCAGAAAAAAAUGGAAUCUGAAAACUAAGCACUAAUUUUAUUUUAAAUAUCAUUGAACUGUUUAGACCAUCUCAGUAUAGUAUCAAUGUGUUCUGCAGUGCCAUUGUUAUAGUAGUAGGGUAGUAGAGUACAUACACAGUGUGGAAAGGAGACUUUUGUUUGCAAUGUAUGAGAUGAAUAUUAACAGCUGAAUGUGGAAAAGUAUGAUUUUGUUGGGUCAGAUGAUUUAUUCUAACUUGUUCGGGGAUUACUCCUGUUUGUGGAACAUCUCACUAGAAACUACAGUAUAUUUAAUUGGAAGAAUAACUUAAUGCACAUUGUCUAUUUUGAAAGGUGAAAAUGUAUGCUGAAACCCUACUUAGUACAGAUGGAAAUAUGUAGCCUUCUGUAAAUUGGAAGACGAAGCCUGCUAAUUUUGGUACGGUUAUAUGGUAAAAUGUAUUUUAGCCCUGUGACCAAACAAAUUGUUGCAGAAAGAUUGCUAGUUUUACAAAUGUUAGAUAUUGCAUUAAGGCUAAGACAUAUUACUAAGAUAUAUUAUGAUUUUUAUUUAUAUCACACAGCUGUGCUACAGGUAAUUCUGAUCCCAUUAAGAAAGGUGACAAUAAGAACAUUAACUUUCCUAACCAUAAAAAUAUAAAUCAUGCUAAUCUCAACCAAAGAAAAUAAAUAGCAAAAAUCACACAUUUUUGCUUAGGAGUUGGUGAGCAAAUCCUGAUGCAUCCUUCAUGUGGGGCUUUGUUCUACAGACCUGAAAUCUACGUAUUCUCAAUCUUGAGGUUGCACAUCCAUAGAGAAAAAUAACAUCUGCUUUCCUGAGGGCUACUGACUGGAGAGGUUGCAUUUAGUCAAUUUUCUCCUCGUCUUUAGGAAAAUUAACAUUCUGAUGUCAUCUUACUAAAUGGAACCCAGUACUUUGUGCUUUGAAAGAUUAAUGCUGGGAUUAAGCAGUUUGUCAUUUUAUUGGUUUAACGUAACAUUGUGACACAACAGUUGUCAAAAAUCAAAGCAGUGCCUCAGAAAGAAGUUUCAGUUUUUAUUUAGGAGAGAUUGUACAUAAAGAAUCUGGUGGUAUGAUAAUUGUAUUAGUCGUUUUGUAUACCUUGUGCAGGUUGCAAACUUUUAUGUUAUAUUUUUAUAUUUAAAGCAGAUGUCUGUUUUGAAGCCAUUUCUUCCAAAUUUGUACUCACAAACAGAUAACAUUCCAUUUUACCGUAAGUGCCAUGUAACUGAUUUUCAUUAACCUUUCAUUAAUCAGCAAUAUUGUCCAAACUGUC